CAUGCGAUAUUUUUAAAAGCAGUGAUUUAGCAAAUUGAUGAAAAUGACGUUUGCACAAAUUUCUCCGUCUUAUGUUGAUGACGGAUGUUAUCAUGACGAAAAAGAAAUUUUGCCGGGUACUUUGUUGGCACGUGGCCAAUGACAUUUCCUCGCUUUCCUAAUUAUGCAUUGAGCAUAAGUACUUGUGAUUACGAAUAUUAUUUAUUUAGAAUUUUUCAAAAAUUAUAGCAAUGACAUGAGUGCAUGUCUUCAAUCUUUUUCUCAACUUGAGAAAAGGUCAUAAUGCGGAUAGAGAUGACAUCCAUGAAAUCCAACCUGCGGAGAUCCCGGACCAUUGCAGAGGGGGAUUAUGUUUCUUCAGGGGUGGAAGAAAAAGAAAACUCUCCUGAAACUUUCCGCCCCGCGUCAAACUCCUGUCAGGCCCUGAAGCAUGCAGUGUCGGCACUGACGAGGCUUGACGACUUCAUUCUAGAAAAGGUCGGACAGGGAUUCUUUGCUGAAGUCUUCAAGGUCACCCACAAGUCGACUGGUCAAGUAAUGGCAUUAAAGAUGAACAUAAACUCCAGCAACCGCUACAACAUGCUUCAGGAAAUCCAGCUCAUGAAUCGACUGUCUCACCCCAACAUCCUCAGAUUUCUAGGAGUAUGUGUACAUGAAGGCCAGCUGCAUGCAUUGACUGAGUUUAUGAAUGGAGGAAGCUUGGAUCGUUUAAUUGCUGAUGAGAAUAUUGAAAUGCCAUGGACACUGAGGAUAAAUUUGUCCUCUGAUAUUGCCAAAGGAAUGAAGUAUCUACACAGCAGAGGAAUAUUCCAUAGGGAUCUGACAUCAAGGAACAUUCUGUUACGCGUUGAAGACAAUGUGUAUCAUGCAGUGGUCUCAGACUUUGGUCUAGCAGCAAAAGUCCCAGAUCCUUUGGAUAAGAGCACAAAGCUACCAAUUGUGGGAUCACCGUAUUGGAUGGCUCCAGAAACCCUGAAUGGGCUGUGGUAUGGACCACAGGCUGAUGUGUUUUCCUUUGGAAUUAUUGCCUGUGAAAUAACUGCCAGAAUAGAUGCUGACCCCGACAUUAUGCCAAGGACACUGAGAUUUGGUGUUGACUACAUAGCAUUCUGUGAGAAAGUGGAGUAUUGUCCCCUGGAUUUCUUAAGACUGGCUUUCACCUGUUGUCAGAUUGAGCCAACUAAGAGGCCUACAUUUUCAGACAUUGUCACAUCUCUAGAAAAAAUUCAGAAAUUACUGAAGGAAGAUCCUGAAGAUUUAAAAUCAAGAAAAAGAAAAGAUUCUGGACGCCAUGGUCACAAGAGGUCAUUGUCUGCAGACAACAUCUUGGCAUCUUCAACAGAUGAUGUUUCACCUAUGACCCCACAAGUGGUAGGGGAAGUGAUGAGUAAGGAUGACCCCUUUUAUUCCCCAGUGGGAGCUAAUCCAUUCGCAGCAUAUGAGUCUUAUGGGGGCAAGAUUCUCGGAUAUUCUCGGAAUGGAAAAGAUUCCUAUUACAGUUAUGAACUUCCUUCCCCAUCUGUUCCCCACACCCCUCCUGGAACCCCCAUUAUGACCCCUGAGGGGACCCUCAAUAGGAAGAAACACAGCAAAGUUCAGCAGACUCAGUCCCUUCCCUCCUCUCCCAUUUUAUUACGUAAGGCAGCAGAACAAUUUCAUUUGGAGUCCUUACAUGGCUCUAACUGUCGACGGAAUUCUGCUAUUAGUGGUAAAAGAUAUUCCCUUCAUUUUCCGAAAUCCAAAAGUGCAUCUGUGAUGCCGGAGUCAUUGGCUAGUCGAUUAGAAAGUGAAUUUUACGAUGAAGACUCUGUGAAAUCUUCAAGCAAUGAACAAAGAACAAGGAGAUACCUUCGACAACUGAGUGCGGACACACCACACACUUACAAUAGAGACAACAACAUUGAUUUAACAAAUGGAUUGGGGGACAGACGAAGUGAAAAUCCUACUUAUCAGAAUGAUGUCAGGGGUUAUCGGAUGUCUAGAAGUUCAACGGAUUCAUUUAACUCCAUUGAAGAGCAGGUGAUGGAGGUAGGAAAUUCGAAAAUGACAUUCAUCUCGGAGACGCUAUCAGAGGAUUCACAAACAACUCUCAGUUCUGAUGGUGCAAUACUAGAAACACAUUUAUAGUUUUAUUGGGCUAUUUUUUUUUCUCCUUUCUGUUGAUGAGUGCUGCUUAAUUUAUGUAUUACAAUCCAUUUCAUUUUGGUGCCAUUUCAGGUUAGCCAAUAUGUUAUCAGUAUUUAUUUUGUUCUGUUUAAUGCAUUCAACAUUUCUAACAUUGUGUUUAUCACCAGCAGUAUCAGGUUUAAACUGUGAUAUGUAAUAAACAAUGACAAUGUACAUGUAUAUAUAUGUAUUAAUUAUGAAAUUUAUGGUGACAAUGGAUUUUUCAAAAUGUUUUAAACAGUAGUAACAAAUGAAAUUAUGUAAUGUACUCACAUAAACUUUCUCAUAUGUUCAUAAAAACAGGUUCAAAAUGAUUGAAAACUCAUGUCAGGGAUUGUUACAGAUGGUUAUUGCUUUGUGUAUUACAAAUUGUAGAUUUCUUAGAGCUAAGAUAUUUUCUAGAGACACCUGUUAUUAUUUCUGCAGUACAUUGUAAUGACUGUUAUGCCUCAUUGUUGAAUAUAAAAUCUCUUGAUAAAUAUAUUAUGUACAUGAAAUAAGUAAGUAUCUAAAUAAUAAUAGAGAGGUUGAGAUUUUAAACUUGUA